ACAGCAUGUCAACGACUGUUGUUAAGAUAUUUUGGCCCUUUAGGUUUUCCAUGUCAACGACUGUUGUUAAGAUAUUUUGGCCCUUUAGGUCUUCCAUAAUAAGUAUACAUUUACAGAAAUAAACUAUACGCAAACACCAAAACACACCACUUCUGAAACGAGCUAACACGCUUGUAUGGCUUUUGGUUUGCGUGGGCUAAAGGAAAAAUGCAAAUACGUAAUUAUGCCAAAAAAUUAAAUUCACGGACGUUUACCAUCGGCUACCAUAAAGCCAUAUGAUCAUAACACAGUAGUGUUGUUGGGAACCAAGAGAACCGAUAGGAAGUAGCUAGUGAAAAAAAACAACGUAUCGAUAGAGCGUACUCCAUUACACGAGCCUUGGACAAAAAAGCACUGGUCAAUCGGCCGCACCUAAGAUCUGUAAUGUGGCGCUACGGUAGGCGAGUGUAAAGUCACAAUUCACAUUUAAAGCAUGACUGUUAAUACACUGUCUAUUGCUAUUCGUGCACUUUCACGUUGCAUAAAAUGCUGCCCGACGUCGCGCAUUAGUCGUCGCUGUUUUGGAGCGAGUCCUGCCAGAUUCUACUAUGAAACUACAAAGACGGCAGACAGCAGCGCGGGAUCACCUGCUCUGCGCACCGUGGAUCUCCGCAGUGAUACUGUCACCACGCCAGGACCGGCGAUGCGCAGAGCUAUGGCAGAGGCAGAGGUUGGGGACGAUGUGUUCGGUGAAGACCCCACAGUUAAUGAGCUGCAGAAAAUGGCAGCUGACAUCUUUGGCAUGGAGGCAGCUUUGUUUGUCCCAACAGGGACCAUGAGCAAUCUGAUUGCAGUCAUGGUCCACUGCAGGGAGAGAGGGGAUGAAAUGAUAGUGGGGGAUCUCUCUCAUUUACACAUGUAUGAGCAGGGAGGGAGUGCACAGCUUGCUGGUGUACACUCCACUACACUCACUACUCUUGCUGACGGAACGUUUGAUCUGGACCAGCUGGAGUCAAAGAUUCGUCAUGGUUACCCCGAUGCUCACUACCCCCGUUCCCGCCUGGUGUGUGUGGAAAACACACACAAUAUUCUGGGUGGACGUGUGCUCCCACUCUCCUUCCUGCAGGAGCUGCGCUCUAUGGCAGAUAAGUAUGGGCUUGUUGUGCAUAUGGAUGGUGCCAGGCUGAUGAAUGCAGCAGUGGCUCUGGGCCUUCAGCCCUCUGUCAUACUCCAGCACUGCCACACCGUCAGUGCCUGUCUGUCUAAGGGACUGGGGGCACCAGCUGGCACCAUGCUUGCUGGGUCCAAAGACUUCAUCCAGAGGGCAGUGCGUGCACGUAAAGCACUGGGCGGUGGAAUGCGCCAGUUAGGCAUUUUGGCAGCAGCUGGUAAGAUUGCCCUGAAGGACAUGCCUGCCAGACUAGGGGAGGACCACAGGAAUGCCAGGAGCUUUGCUAAAGCUCUGACACAGUGCAGUCCCCCUCUGUACCAGGUGGACUCGGCCGCCGUGGAAACCAACAUAGUACUCUUCAGAGUGCGGGCCCCUGGGCUGAGCCCUGCAUCGUUCUGUGAGCUGAUGGGAGAGGUGGGUAAGGGUGAGGGCGAGGCUCUGGGCCAAGGCUUGCGUGUACUCUUGUUCCCUCAUUUCGGGGACACUGUGAGAGCCAUGUGGCAUCUGGGCGUUAGUGAGGAGGACACUCAGCUGGCUGCAAAGAAAGCUCAGUGUGUUGCUCAGCAGCAUGGCUUAAAGUGAAAGGGUGGCAGCUGAAUCCAGCGGAAGAUUGCUCAGACAGUCCACUAGAUAUCAAAUAAUACAGAGAACUGACAGCAGUUCUAAAUCAAACUGGUAAAAAUCAAACUGGAAUCAGCACCUGAAUGUUAGUGCAUUUUUUAAAAUACUAAUUUCAUAGGUUUAAGGCUGUCAAUCUAGUUUUGUAAGUGCAAAACCUGAAUUAAUUUGAAUCUACAGAAAAAAUCCAACCCACCAUGAAUAAUUUUUAUUGUGCUCAAGAUGCGAUGAUUUUGACUUUACUACUAUUUGUAAAUGUGACAUUAUUGCAUUAAUAAAAGCUAUCUUAAAUAAACAAACAACCUGAUUUGUAUA